GAAAUUAUAAACUUAUGGAUUCUAUAUACUCAUCAGCUAAAGCUAUUGUACAGCAGUAUUACUUGGUUUUACUGUAUGUGGUCAAUUUCAUACAAAUUUAGUAUCUACACCAAGUCAUGAAGAAUCAAUUGGACGAUUAUUAACUCCUACUGAAUUAAUGCAAACAAAUCCUGAAAAAACACAUGUAUUCCCACGUAUACUACGUGGUUUAGCACAAAUAAGAGCUUAUAUCAGUGAAUUUAUUCCACAAACUAAACAUGAUAUUGAACCUGUUGUAAAAAGUUUGAUUGAAGCAACUGAAUCAAUGCAAGAUCGUAUGACUAAUGAAUUUAAUUCAAUUCUAUUCAAUGAUAUUGGAGUUACUGAAGCUUUUCAACUUGGUGACAUCUUGGGAGAACAUGUUGUCACAUUGAUGACGAAAUAUAUAGCUAUUGUACAAUCGAAUAAUGCUUUUAAACAUACAUUUGAUCGUCUUAAAGUUGAAUUUCAAACAUGGUUACGUUUAGUCAAUACUGAAAGUCCAAAUAAUAAUGAUUAUCAGAGUUGUACUGGUCAGUGCAAUGAAUUACGUUCAACAUUUUUUAAUAAUGUAUCUAUACGACCAGAUACAUUUAUGCCUGAAAUUAAUUUUGCUAUAGCAUUGAAAUUUCUAACUACUGAUCGUAAUCAAACUGCUGAAAGUGUACAAGCUCAGUUAAAUCAUGGUAAAGAAUUAUCUAAUAGUCAACUUGAAAAAACUAAAACUUUAAUGGCCGAAAAGAUUAAUAUCCCUGAAUCGAUACGUAAUAUGACAAAUAAACAAUGGGAUCAAUUAGAACCUCAAUUGACUAAAGCUAUUGAAGAAAUUGAUAAGAUCUCUAUAUUCAUAACAAGAUCUCUUUCACCGAAAGUUUCUUCGACUUCUAGUCUUUUCUUAACAUUGAAUCUUUUUUUUUGGUUCUCUAUCUUAUUGAUCACUAUUGGUUUAAUGUGGUUAAUUAUACGAUAUCAUUUUGUACCGACAGAAAUUAGUCUACAUACUCGUAAUCGUAUUCGCCUUGGUGCUAGUAUUGGAUUUUGUAUUCUUGCAUUUAGUAUUAUUUUAGCUUGUUUAUUCUAUUUAAUUGGUGGAUACCUCUAUACUGAAGGUUGUCGUUAUGUAAAUCCUGAACAGAAUGUAAUCAAUAUUACAGAUUAUGAUCCCAUACAUCAUAAUUAUAUACAACGUGCAAUGUUUCCUGUUGAUGCACAUAUCAAUGCUUUCAUUAAUCGUAAUUGGCCAGCGAUUGUUACAAUGGCUAGUCAGUUUUCACAUAUGCCUAUUCCUCAUAUUCGUAGUCCAAUCUAUAGUAUUUUACAUAAUUGCCAUGACAACCAAGGAAUUUUACAAGCAAUGGAUAGUAUUAGAGAUUUUGAUAUGACAACAUUAAAUGAUCCAGAAAUGUCUGAUCGAUUUAUUAAUCUUGGUAAAGAUAUUAUGAUUGAUUCAUUAAGAACAAUCAAUGUUGAUGAAAUGUUCCCUAAGGAGACUGAUGAAAAUUUAGCUAUGGCAUCACGUUUAGAUGAUUUUAUUGUAAAUUAUGAAGAGGUACGUUCAAAAUUACCUAAAACCUAUUUAAGUAUUCAAUCACCAAGUGAUGAAUCUAUCGAUUAUACAUUAUGGCCAGUUAAAAAAAUGUGGAAUUUAUGGGAUAUCUAUUAUACAAAUAUAUUAAGUAAUCGUUUAUCAAUUGAACAAAUAGAUCGAUUAAAUGUUGCUACGGAUAAAGUUCGACAAACAUUAACACAAUUAGAUAAUAUCAUAUCAGAUAUAGAUGAGAAUCUAGUUGUCUUAUCGAAAUUAAAUAAAAUUGCUCCACAUGUUGCUAAAUUACAAAAACGACUUAUUGAACUCAAAACUAUUAUGAAUAAUAAAACAGUUUUAAUCAAUCGAGCUGUCCAUUUAUUUGAUCAAAAUAUUAAAUUUAAUACACCAAUUGAAGCUGAAAAAUUAAUUCUACAAUUUGGACCAAAAAUUAUGUCAAAAGUUGGUCAAUGUUAUCGUUUAUAUGCUGCUGCUGAAGAUUUAAAUGAUGCUAUAUGUAAUGGUAUUGUAAGUGUAUUAAAUGGUUUCUGGUUUUUAUUUGGUUGGGUUACAUUGAUUGGUACAUUAAUCAUAAUAUUUAGUUUAUUACUAUUAAUGCAUAAAACACCAAUAGAUCAAUCAUCUACUGUUGAAAAAUCUUAUCAUAGAAAUAUAAAACAUAAAGAUAUACCUUCUAUGGGAACAGAAACAUCAACAAAUCCUAGUGAAUUAGAAGCACUUAAUAAUCGAUAAAAUUUUAAAAAAAAAAAAAAAGGAUACACAAUCCACCCCCACUACCCUCCUUUACCCUUGUAUAACAAUAAUAAUCAUAAUCAUAAUGUGCAUACAAAUUUAUACUAUUCAUUUAUGUAUAAUAAUACUUCCUUGUCUGUGUGUGUGUGUGUAUGAGUAUGCGUGCGCGUGCGUGUGUGCGUGUGAAUGAUGAUCAUCAAUUUUUUUUAUUCUUUUUACCAUAUAAUCUUUUAACCAUUCUGGCAUGAUUCUCCCCCCCCCUCCUAUUACUCUAAUUGAUUCAAAGCUUAUUUGUUUAUAUUAUUAUUAUUAUUAUUAUCAUGUUAACAAGUCAUGUAUGUCUCUCUAGGAAUUUUCUUUUUUCUAUACAGAAAAAUAUUUAUUUUCUAAAAAAAAAUUAAAAAAAAUUUUUUUUUUUAAAAUCAACCCAGCAACAAAACUAUUGCAUUCUAAUUGUUUUAUCAUUGGAAUUUUUGUUUUGUUAUUUUUUCUAAAUAGACAUACAAUGAGAACGUCAGCUUCUUUUUUUUUUACAAACUCCCCCUCUCUUCUUUUUUUUUUUAAAAAAAAAAUCAAAAAUCAUUUAUAUUACUUUUUUUGUGUAUAUGUUAGUUAAAAUAAAAUGAAAAUAAUUCGGUAUUGUUU